UUUUGUUUUUGUUUUUUUGUCGUCUCCCUCUUAUUAAAAAUGAAGCUCUCCAUUAUAUGGAUUCAGUAGAAUUAUUAUAAUUUCUUGGACGCCAUUUUUCUCACCCCAAGUUUUCCUUCUAAUAAAUACGAGUGAGCAAUGCGUAAGUAUAAAAACCCGAUUUGACUAUAUAAUAUUCUCAAAAGAAUAAUACUACUAAAUCUGAUUUUCAACCAAAAGCCAAAUUCAGCGGAGGAACUGUCGUUUUCCUUUCUUCUUUACUUCUUCACCUUUCUCCUAUUUCAUCUUAACAUAUAAUCAUCAGAAGAAAAAAAAAUUCUAAAACAAAAGAGGAACUUGAGAAUUUUAUGCUUGAGACAAAAUGGCAGAAGAUACGUACGAGGAAGAGUGCGACUACUUGUUUAAGGCGGUGUUGAUCGGAGACUCAGCCGUCGGAAAAUCAAACCUCUUGUCUAGAUUUUCUAAAGACGAGUUCCGGUUUGACUCUAAACCAACCAUCGGAGUAGAGUUUGCUUACCGGAAUGUUCACGUCGGAGAUAAAAUCAUCAAGGCUCAGAUUUGGGACACCGCCGGCCAAGAAAGAUUUCGAGCAAUCACAAGUUCGUACUACCGUGGAGCAUUAGGGGCAUUACUGAUUUACGACAUCACUAGACGAACAACUUUCGACAACAUCAAGAAAUGGCUUUUCGAGCUUAGAGACUUCGCCAAUCCCGAAACCGUCGUUGUCCUCGUCGGAAACAAAUCUGAUCUCCGACAAUCUAGAGAAGUUGAAGAAGACGAGGGUAAGACUCUAGCAGAAUCAGAAGGUCUCUACUUCCUCGAGACUUCGGCUUUAGAGAAUGUUAACGUCGAAGAAGCGUUUCUAGUGAUGAUCGGACGGAUACAUGAGGUUGUUACUCAGAGGAUAGCUUCGGAAAACAAAUCCAACGGUGCUGCGACGCCUCACAUUAACGGUAAUGGGAACGGUACGGUCCUUCCGGUUGGUAAAGAAAUUGUGAAUAUACACGAAGUCACUGCUACUCAACCCUUAUUAAGCUCAUCUUCCAACUGUUGUUUCAAGUAAAUAAUUAAUGUAUUUUUUUCGUUUAUUGUUUUGGAAUACUUUGAUGAUGUUUUUAUUUGCCUGUGUAUUCGUGAAAAUUUUGCCUAGGUUGAGUACAUGAAUUUAAAUCAUACAAUUAAAUCCAAAUAAAUAUGAAAAUC